AUGGGCCCAAAAACAUCAGUUUCCAGUUACAUGCUGACGGACUUAAAGAUUUCCAGCCUCACUAGGCAACAGUUCUACGACCUUCCCAAGAUCUACACCCAAAAAAGGAUGCCCGUAACAACAAGAAACCUCAUCAAUGAAGAGGAGUUGGCUAAAUGGCCACACUUGGAUGGCGUCACUCUUCCUCGUAUUCAAGCCGAUGUAGAGCUAUUGAUUGGGACCAAUGCAUCUAAACUGCUUGAACCCUGGGAAGUGGUCAACAGUCGUGGAAAUGGACCGUCAUCAGAAGACAAAGAAGAAAUGUCUAGAGAUGACAUGAAGUUCAUGAAGGUCAUGACUGAUUCGUGCAAGCUUGAAGAUGGACACUACACUUUGGAACUUCCCUUUAAAAAGAAGGAUGCUGUGUCUCUGCCCAACAAUCACUGGGAACACUCAGGGGCAGAUUGCAUGGAGGACAAACAGUUUUCGACCGUGUCGUGCCGUGUGUGGUCAGGUCUCGCUGCUGUGACAAUGUGCCAUUCAAGAACUGGACAUUCAAUCAUUUGCACGCGUCAAACUGGUCAACACAGUCGCCCUCAGUAUCAGCCCAAAGACGUCUGUGAAGAACAUCUUCUCUCUGAGCAACACAAGUGGAGCUUCAGGAUGGACAAGGAGGAGCCACAGCCCUUCCACAUUAAGGAGGAAGAAGAGGCGCCACAUACAUUACAAAUGCAAAGGGAAGAAAAUAACCCACUGACCUCCCAUUUUAAAGAGGAAGAGGAGGAACACAGCAUCAGUCAAGAAUGGUUGGAGGAGUUCCAUGUGAUUGUGAAGAGUGAAGAUGAUGAGGUCAAAGGUGAGAGUGAGGAGAAGAGAGAGGCGGAGCCUCCAAGCAGCAGCUCAACUCAACACAUGACAACAGAAGCUGAUGGAGACCACUGUGGAGGAUCACAAGCAGACAAGCUCUUAGCUCCACUAUCAGAUAGUGAGGACACAACGUCACACUCUCCUGACACUGAUGAUGAACACUCUAAAGAUGAUAAGACAUGUCACACUGACAACAAACGCUUCACAUGUUCUCACUGUGACAAAACCUUUAAAUCUCCUAGUAAUUUGAAAAUACACAUGAGAACACACACUGGAGAAAAACCUUUUUCAUGUUCAAUCUGCGGUAAAGAUUUUAAUCAAAAGGGCCAUUUGGAAAGACACAUAAGAACACACACAGGAGAAAAACCUUUUUCAUGUUCAAUCUGCGGUAAAGAUUUUAAUGAAAGGAGCAAUUUGAAAAUACACAUAAGAACACACACUGGAGAAAAACCUUUUUUCUGCUCAGAAUGUGGUAAACGUUUUAAACAAGGUGCUCAAUUGAAAAUACACAUGAGAACACACACUUUAGAAAAACCUUUUUCAUGUUCAAUCUGUGGUAAAGAUUUUACUCUUAGUCGACAGUUAAAAAGUCACAUGACGACACACGCUGGAGAAAAACCUUUUACCUGCUCAGAAUGCGGUAAAAGAUUUGCACGAAAAUAUGACUUAAAACCACACAUGAGAAAACACACUGGUGAAAAACCUUUUUCCUGCUCAAAAUGUGGUAAAAGUUUUGUAUUAAGUCGAAGUUUAAAAGUACACAUGAGAAUACACACUGGAGAAAAACCUUUUUUAUGUUCAGUAUGUGGUAAAAGUUUUAUAGAUCACAAGCCAUUAAAAUUACACAUGAGAACGCACUCUGGUGAAAAACCAUACUCCUGUUCAAGCUGCAACAAAAGCUUUAGUUGCCGAAAAUAUUAUAUAUUACACAUGAGAACACACACAGGAGAGAAAGUGUGGAGUUGCAGUGUGUGUGGUGAAAGAUUCUCUUAUGAGAAGCAGUGUAAGAAACACAAGUGUGCUGGUGAGAACAGCAGCAGCAAAUGAAGAUGCAGGAUUUAAAAUAAACUUUCAAAACUUUAACUUUGACUUUCUAACAACAUCAGCACAUAUAACAUGUGUGACAUCAUUGUUGUGUGUGUGUGUAACACAAUCUUGUUAACAUGAUUGUAACAUUUAUAGAUUAGAUACUUCAGAUUAGUGCUUUUAUUUCAGUCAAGUACAUGAGUUAAUAUACACAUUUGUGUACUUUAAAAUGAACAGGACAAUUUAAAGGCCUACUGAAAGCCACUACUACCGACCACGCAGUCUGAUAGUUUAUAUAUCAAUGAUGAAAUCUUAACAUUGCAACACAUGCCAAUACGGCCGGGUUAACUUAUAAAAUGCAAUUUUAAAUUUCCCGCUAAACUUCCGGUUGAAAACGUCUAUGUAUGAUGACGUAUGCGCGUGACGUCAAUCGAUGAACCGGAAGUAUUGGUACACCGUUGAAUCCAAUACAAAAAACCUCUGUUUUCAUCUCAAAAUUCCACAGUAUUCUGGACAUCUGUGUUGGGGAAUCUUUUGCAAUUUGUUUAAUGAACAAUGAAGACUGCAAAGAAGAAAGUUGUAGGUGGGAUCGGUGUAUUAGCGGCUGGCUGCAGCGACACAAGCAGGAGAACUUUGAGAUGUAUAGCAGACGCGCUAGCCACACUACAUAAAAUAUGUUACAUACAAUAAACAUUUUAAGUGUAGAUAUUCAUAAUUCACUUUUAUACUUAUUCAUAAUAGUGUCUUAUAUAUGUUUUUUGAAAUAAUGAAGUGUUACAUUUUGUAUUUUCUAAUUGUAGAUGAUUCCAUAGAUGAACUCCUUUAUAUGAUAUACAUUUUUUUUUUUACAUGUGUUCAUACCUUUGCUUUUGAGUACACAUAAAUCCCUCUUAGUUCAUAUUUACUGGUUCACAUCUGAAACAUCUUCUGGACCACUUCUGGAAGCAUAUUAUUAUUUACUUUAUACAUCAUUUGAACAGUUGUCUUUUAUACAAUUUAAAAAUGUGUGACUUUAUGAAUCAUUUGUUGGGUCUCUAUAAUCCAUUCUAUGAAUUGUCUUUAUUACUCUCUUUUGUAUUAUGAAUAUUGUUGUGUGAUUGUUUUAUAUGUAUG